AUGCAAAAAGAAACAUCAAUCUUUUUACCAUCACAAGUUACAGUAAAAGUACAUCCAGUUGUAAUUUUCAAUAUAUUAGAUCAUUACAUUAGAAGAAAUGUUGGUCAAGAUCGUGUCAUUGGUACACUUUUAGGUUUUAAUAAUGAUGGUGUUUUAGAAAUUAGAAAUUGUUUUCCAGUUGUUCACUCUGAAACUGAACAAAUUGCAGUUGAAAUGGAAUAUCAAAGAAAAAUGUUAGAUUUACAUUUGAAAUCAUCACCAAGAGAACCAAUUAUUGGGUGGUAUGCAACUGGUAAUGAUAUUAAUGAAAAUUCAGUUCAUAUUAAUAAUUUCUAUCGUGAUGAAAUGGGUAAUAGCACACCAAUUCAUUUGACUGUUGAUACUGGACUUACAAAUGAUACUAUGGGUAUUCAUGCCUAUAUGGCACAUAAUCUCAGUUUGAAUCCAGAAUCAUCAUUGGGUUCAUACUUUUCACAACUUCCAUUAGAGAUAUUAACAUUUGAAGCAGAGAAUGCUGGUCUCGAAUCAAUCGCUCAAACUAAAUACGAUCAACAAUCAACUAGUUUACUCUCUGAAUUGGAAUCACUUCAAGGUUCUUUAACAAAACUCGACGAAAUGCUCGAAUCCAUCACCUCCUAUAUAGAGUCUGUUGAAAAAGGUGAAAUUCAAGGUGAUCCACGUCUUGGUCGUUUCCUCGCUAAAACUAUUCAAGCCUUACCAAAAGCAAAUGCUCAAGUCAUGGAUAAAGUUAUCAACAAUAGUGUCAAAGAUUUAUUGAUGAUCGUUUAUUUAUCCUCUCUAACUCGUUCUCAAUUAGCUGUUGCCACUAAAAUUAGUCACUCUUUAAGUAAUUAA